AACCACAUUGUAAAAGAGAUUCCUCUGCCCACAAAGAUAUGUUUCACCUUGAUCAUCCCCACCCUUUCAAACCUACAAACUCAGUCGCACAUCCGAGAUCCAAUCACGCCGCCCAUUUUCAUUUUCAUAGCACACAGCAUCCUAUGCCACCACCCAAUCACAGACCUAUUCUUCAUGUCCCCAUCAGUCCCGUAUUCAAUCCCAGAACCCACAAUUUCAGCCGCAUUGCAAGGUGCACAACUUGCAAUGGCCUGGCACUUCCUGCCAUUCCCGUUAACAAUGAUGCAAAAUCGGAUGCUGAUAACCUCACUGAGCAUCACAAAUCUCAAGGGGUUCAAGAAGGUACUGGUGAAAAGAACUUCUGGGGUGCCGUAAGUUUGAUCAUCGGCACUGCCGUAGGGCCUGGAAUGCUGGGUUUGCCGGCUGCCACCAUCAGUUCAGGUCCAUUUCCCUCGACCAUUGUCAUCCUUCUUUCGUGGGUCUAUGUGGUCUCCUCUAUUAUUCUUGUUGCGGAGCUCAGUUUUGCAGCCAUGGAAGAAGACGGGGUGGAAGAGGUGAGCUUUACUGGCCUUGCGGCAAAGGCUGUAGGAAGUCGUUUUGGUGCUUUUGUUGCACUCGUCUAUGUCUCCUUGUGUUUUUCGUUGUUAGUGGCAUGUGUUUCGGGCAUCGGUUCGCUUGUCUCUCAGUGGUUCCCGUGGAUGAAUCUUGUUAUGGCCCAUGCCUUGUUUCCUCUAGCCGUCGGAACUUUGGUUCUUUUCUUUCCGUUUAAGGCUAUUGAUGCUGCGAAUCGUGUUUUAUGCCUCGCCAUGCUUUUAUCCAUUACUUCACUUGUGAUUGUUGGUUUAUCUAUGGCCAAAACAAAAAUAUUAGGCUCCUUUGCUUAUGCUUCGUGGGGCUUUUCGUCCAUUUUGCCUGCUAUACCGGUUACUGUCCUCACAUUGGGGUUUCACGUUAUCACCCCCUUCAUAUGUAAGAUUGCUGGGAACACGGUGCACGAGGCUCGAAAGGCAAUCCUGGUUGGUGGGGCUGUUCCAUUGAUCAUGGUUUUGUCGUGGAAUUUGAUUGUUUUGGGGCUUGCUGGCGUCAAUAGAGCCGCUUCCAGAGAAAAUCCCAUAUCCCUUUUGCUUUCCGUCAACCCCUCUGCUUCACCUGCAAUUCAAUGCUUUGCCUUCUCUGCCUUGGCAACUAGCCUGAUUGGAUAUGCCGUAAGCUUCCCGAAGCAGCUUCUUGAUACGCUGGAUCUGAUUUUUGGUAACAUUAGUUCGGCAAAGCAGAUUACCGCUCGUUCACAAAUGGGUUCUAGUGUGGACGGAAUCGGGAGAGUUGGUUUUGUUGUUUUUUCGGGAAGGCCUAAUAUUGGAAAUGCGGGGGAGGUUUUUUAUACAGACUCGAGGUGUAGAGCUGCCUCAAAAGCUACUUUGAAAUCAGCCAUAGAUGGGUCUCAUUCACUCAAGAUCUUUCUAAUAACUAUCAUACUCGGUGCUCCAGUUCUCAUAGCAUCUUUCUUCCGCUCCACUUUUUCUAGAGCUAUCGAUUUUGCUGGGGUUUACGCAAACUGCUUUUUGUUUGGCAUCCUUCCUCCUGCAAUGGCUUACAUAUACCAAUCUAGGAAAAAAAUCAGGUCAUCUAUCCUGCCGGGGGGAGAUGUUACCCUUCUUUUGCUUCUGUGUAUUGCUGUUAUUUUGGGGAUUUGGCAUUAGAAGACCGGCAGGUAGAUUUAUUUAACAGCAAUAUGGUGCUUUACCAACAGGCUAAAGCCAAGUUCCAACAAGGGACGAGUAUUGCACUGAUCUUCAAUUAUCUAAAAGCACUUUCAAUGGCUAAUGUAUUUUACAUAUAUAUCUAAAAUUUCUAAACAUUUGUCUAAAAGGGAGCUCCAAUGGAUUAUCUACUUUAUCUUCAUUUUAAAUUUUGCUACAGUAACUCUUCGACAUUUAGCUUGUACUGUUCAUCUAUCUAUACAUAUCUUAUUUACUUCUCUUUCUUUUGGGGCUGAAUGAGAUUGAGGUCGAGAAAAAAA